AUGAAAGUCCAUUAUAUUAAUAUAUUAUUGUUUGCUCUACCAUUAAACAUAUUGGUAAUUAAUCAAAGGAACCAUAACAACAGCACAUAUCAUACAUCAAAUACAAAACUAACAAAAACACAUAGAACAUUAUGCGAAUGCGAAUUAUACGCACCAUCUAACUAUGAAAAUGACCCCGAAAUGAAAGAACUAAUGGAAAAUUUUAAUCAUCAAUCGUCUGAACGAUUUCGAGAAUAUGACGAAAGGAUUCAGGAUAAACGAAAACAAUUUAAAGAACAAUGUGAAAAGGAUAUACAAAAAAUUAUUUUAAAAGAUAAAAUCGAAAAGGAAUUAACAGAAAAGUUGUCAACAUUACAAACAGAUAUAUCUACCAAUGAUAUACCCACUUGCGUUUGCGAAAAAUCUUUAGCAGACAAAAUGGAAAAAACUUGUUUAAAAUGUGGAGGUGUAUUAGGUACUGCAGUUCCAGAAUUGGGAUUAAUAGGUGGAAGUGUUAUAUAUUCUGCCGCACAAGCGGCUGCCGCUAAAUUAGGUGUUGCCAAAGCGAUAGAACUAAUGAAAAAAAUAUAUAACUUGGGUAAUGUAUCCUUUAUUGAUUGGACUAACUUGAUAAAUGUAGGAAAUUAUAGUCAUAGAAUGUCUCUUGUUGGUAUUGUUAACAAAGUAAAUAAUAUGUGUCAAAUAAAAGAUCCUGAAGGGAAUGUUGUUUUUUGCUUUGCGAAACAAAAUAUGAGAGGUGGGGCAGGUAAAUUUGCACAAACUAUUUCUGAACAGGCAGGGAAUGCUGCAAUUAAAGCUGGCGAAACUGCAAAUGUUAAAUUUGCAGAGAUGACAAGUGUUGGUACUAUUUUUUCUGAUCCUAUUGUAAUUUCUGCUACAGUAGUAGUGACUAUAGCUGUUAUACUUAUAAUUAUUUAUUUAAUUUUACGUUAUAGACGAAAAAAAAAAAUGAAGAAAAAACUCCAAUAUAUCAAAUUAUUAGAAGAAUAA